AGCAGUAAGACUGUGCGUAGUGAAGUGAAAACCAAGUUGUACUAGUUACUCUGCUUAAUCGUAUCAAGUGAAAAGAUGGCACCGAAAAUGAGUGGAAAAGCGGCCAAGAAGUCGGGAAAAGCCCAGAAAAACAUCUCCAAGUCCGACAAGAAGAAGAAGAAGAAGACCCGCAAGGAGAGCUACGCCAUUUACAUUUACAAAGUGCUCAAGCAGGUCCAUCCGGACACCGGCAUCUCAUCGAAGGCGAUGAGUAUUAUGAACAGCUUUGUGAACGACAUCUUUGAGCGGAUUGCGGCCGAAGCAUCCCGGUUGGCCCAUUACAACAAGCGGUCCACCAUCACGUCCCGCGAGAUCCAGACCGCGGUGCGAUUGCUGCUGCCGGGCGAGUUGGCCAAGCACGCCGUCUCGGAAGGCACCAAGGCCGUGACGAAGUACACUAGCUCCAAGUAAACAACACAACUCCCCCCACCACAAAUCCGCUGCGGAGAGGAUGCUGGCAGAGGGAUGCAGCACUACAACAGUAUCACCCGUGAACUCACGAAAUUUCGUCGCUCGGCUUUUGAGACACUUCCGUCAGCUGAUGUUGUGCGCGGAUUGUUCCGGUACAGGCAGCUGUUGUUGCGGAUUCAGGACAAACAAGGAUCGAGCGAUGGAUGGUAUACCGGAAGGUGCAAGGAAGUCACCCGAGCACUACGAACUAAAAACACUAUUAGUUAAUAAGAUAUAGAAAAUAAGCUAUUUUCUCGAACUCAUUUUAUGCGCCAGAUAACCUUAUAUUAUAUUGGAACAAUUGCUAAAAUGCUGGAAUAAAUCAAAGUGAUGUAUAU